AUGACAUCGCAAGAACCUCCUCCGCAUCUAGCCAGCCUCGACCUAGUGAUCAGAAAAUUUAUUCCAAAAGAGCUGAUCCCCAAGCAACCUAUGGAAUGGCAGUGCGAUCGAGACGAGCAGAUGGCGAACUUCACAACUCUUAUGGACGCAGGAUUCACCGCACUUGGCAUGUUCGAAUCCGCCCAAGAUGUUUGGAAACAUGUUGCUCACUAUAUCAACUUCCCAAAUUCCGCCAAGUAUUUCAACCGUGAACUGACGCUCCAAGAUUCGCCACGCCCGAUUAUUCACAAAAGCUUGAAGAAGGAUGAUUGCAUAUAUCGACACGAUCUACCCAAGAUCUUUGAAUUUCGGGAAAGAAAACCGUUCGGAGUAGACAAGAAACUGGCAGAUAUGGCCGAGGCGAUUCUAAAAAACUGCUGGAAGAAACUCAUCGGUGAAAGCCAUCACGAAAUGAUCAAGUGUCCGCAAAAACCGAACAGUGAAGCACUAUCCGCCGAAUGCUCUCCAUUUCAACUCCCUUUCGACAAAAGUAUUUCGAGAGAAGAGUUUGAUGAAUUCAUGAAUGAAUGGAAGACACAAUCGAAGAAAAAGAUAAAUGUGAUGAUCGACUUCAUUGUGCAGUCCAUGGCGUUGUAUCACAAAAGAUUUCCAGAACUGGAGACUUCCUAUGAAGACCAAGCGAACGUUAUUUCAUGGGUUGGAUUUGUCAUGGAGAAAACUGCGGAGUUCGCCAAAUCGGGAGAUAUUGUCUUGCCGCCACUUCAUUCACCAGCUUCUAAGCCGAAAGCACUCAUCCGACUGUUCUCACUUGGCAAAAAUCAAUUCGUGAUGGCUCAUGAAUUGCUCGACACUAUAAAGAAACAUGAUAUGGAUGUGCGUAAACUCGAGAAGGAAGUUCUGGAUAUGCCCGAAUUAUCGACAUUCUCAUACAAUGAAGUACUCCAGAAAGUCGGUAAAAGUGCUUGUGAAAAGACAUUGGAUUUUGUGGAGAUGAAAAUAGAAAGUUUGAUGUUCGUCCGGACCCCCAUACCUACUCCGAAGGAAGGCUUCUGUGUCCUUGCAGUAGAUGCUCUCUACGAACUUCUGAUGAAUAUGAUUGUCGCGAAGAAGGUGUUUCGAGAUAUUGUGGACAACGAUUGGCUCACUAUCGAGAAGUUUUUAAUGGCAAUGAUGUUGCACUUCGAUACGAGCAGAUACUUCAUGGAUUCAAAAGUCCGUGACGCCAUCAUGACAUUGUGGGAGUCUGUCUACAGAAAAACAACGAAGCGAACCCCAGUGAACAUUGAAUGGAAUUCAACGAAACUUGAUUUGGAGAAGUUGAAAGAGACGAUCAACAAGUUGAAAAUUGGCUUCAUCUCCGAAUCCUUGAAAGUAGAUGCAUCAGAUACUAUCUUUUUGAGACACGCAAAGAGUAAUCGUUUUAAACGAAGUGACCUGUAUAUAGGUGUUGCACAUUUCCAACUGAACGGUCUCGUUAUGAAAUUGCUCAAGCUUUAUGAGUUUAUUCACAGUCAGGAGGCAUGCUUUUCGUUUGGAGUCCAAUGUAUCCGUUGCGUUGAGAAGAAGAAUGGGGAUGAGAUGCCAGAGGAGACAGGAAACGAGAAGAAGCAGAAGAGUAAAGGAAAGACGAACAGGAAGUGA